CGUCGCCCGCACAAAAUGUCGGCCCGGACGCCAUUGCCGACGGUGAACGAGCGGGACACGGAAAAUCAUACAUCUGUGGAUGGGUAUACUGAACCACACAUCCAGCCUACCAAGUCAAGUAGCAGACAGAACAUCCCCCGGUGUAGAAACUCCAUUACGUCAGCAACAGAUGAACAGCCUCAUAUUGGAAAUUACCGUUUACAAAAAACAAUAGGGAAGGGAAAUUUUGCCAAAGUGAAAUUGGCAAGACAUGUUCUAACUGGUAGAGAGGUCGCUGUGAAAAUAAUAGACAAAACUCAGCUAAAUCCUACCAGUCUACAAAAGUGGUAUAGAGAGAUGGUCUUAAUGAAGUUGAUAAAUCUUCCUAAUGUAGGUGAAGUAUUUGAUUACUUAGUUGCCCACGGAAGAAUGAAAGAGAAAGAGGCCCGUGCAAAAUUUAGGCAGGUAUGGAAAAUAGUUUUCAACUUUUCUAAAAAUUAUUGUGGCCAGAAAGAUUUUGUUUUAAAAAUGAAGGCUGAAAACCUUCUCCUUGAUGCUGAUAUGAAUAUUAAAAUUGCUGACUUUGGUUUUAGUAAUGAAUUUACAGUUGGGAACAAAUUGGACACAUUUUGUGGAAGCCCACCCUAUGCGGCUCCUGAGCUUUUCCAAGGAAAGAAGUACGAUGGGCCUGAAGUGGACGUGUGGAGUCUGGGCGUCAUUCUUUAUACGUUAGUCAGUGGCUCCUUGCCUUUUGACGGCCAAAAUUUAAAGGAACUGCGGGAACGAGUCUUACGAGGGAAGUACCGUAUUCCCUUCUAUAUGUCCACCGACUGUGAAAAUCUUCUGAAGAAAUUAUUAGUGCUGAAUCCAAUAAAGAGAGGCAGCUUGGAAGUAAACAUCAUGAUCACCAUGGGUUUUGCACGAGAUGAAAUAAAUGACGCCUUAAUAAAUCAGAAAUAUGAUGAAGUUAUGGCUACCUAUAUUCUUCUAGGCAGAAAACCACCUGAAUUUGAAGGCGGUGAGUCAUUAUCCAGUGGAAACUUGAGUCAGAGAUCCCGGCCCAGUAGUGACUUAAACAACAGCACUCUUCAGUCCCCUGCUCACCUGAAGGUCCAGCGAAGCAUUUCAGCAAAUCAGAAGCAGCGGCGUUUCAGUGAUCAUGCUGGUCCAUCCAUUCCUCCUGCUGUAUCAUAUACGAAAAGACCUCAGGCUAACAGCGUGGAAAGUGAACAGAAAGAGGAGUGGGACAAAGAUGUGGCUCGAAAACUUGGCAGCACAACAGUUGGAUCAAAAAGCGAGAUGACCGCCAGCCCUCUUGUGGGGCCAGAGAGGAAAAAAUCUUCAACUAUUCCAAGUAACAAUGUGUAUCCUGGAGGUAGCAUGGCAAGAAGGAAUACCUAUGUUUGUGAAAGGACCACGGAUCGAUACAUGGCAUUACAGAAUGGAAAAGACAACAGCCUUACAGAGAUGUCUGUGAGUAGCGUGUCUUCUGCAGGCUCUGCUGUGCCCUCAGCACGACCCCGCCACCAGAAGUCCAUGUCCACUUCUGGUCACCCUAUUAAAGUCACACUGCCAACCAUUAAAGACGGCUCUGAAGCUUAUCGGCCUGGUGCAACCCAGAGAGUGCCUGCUGCUUCCCCAUCUGCUCACAGUAUCAGUGCUAGCACUCCAGACCGGACCCGCUUUCCCCGAGGGAGUUCAAGCCGAAGCACUUUCCAUGGUGAACAGCUCCGGGAGCGACGCAGCGCAGCUUAUAAUGGGCCACCUGCUUCACCGUCCCAUGAAACGGGUGCAUUUGCACAUGCCAGAAGGGGAACGUCAACUGGUAUAAUAAGCAAAAUCACAUCCAAAUUUGUUCGCAGAAGUACGUCAGGGGAACCAAAAGACAGAGACAAGGAAGAGGGUAAAGAUUCCAAACCGCGUUCUUUGCGGUUCACGUGGAGUAUGAAGACCACUAGCUCAAUGGACCCUAAUGACAUGAUGCGAGAAAUCCGAAAAGUAUUAGAUGCAAAUAACUGUGAUUACGAACAAAAAGAGAGGUUUUUGCUUUUCUGUGUCCAUGGAGAUGCUAGACAGGAUAGCCUCGUGCAGUGGGAGAUGGAAGUCUGCAAGUUGCCACGGCUGUCACUUAAUGGGGUCCGCUUCAAGCGAAUAUCUGGGACAUCUAUUGCCUUUAAGAACAUUGCAUCCAAAAUAGCAAAUGAGCUUAAGCUGUAAAGAAAUCCAAAUUUACAGGAUCAGGGAAGAUACAUCCAUAUAAGAGGUACAGUUUUUGAAUGUACUGGUAAUGCCUAAUGUGGUCCACCUGUGAAUCUCCCCAUGUAGACUUUGCCCUUAACGCAAUAAGGUUAUACAUAGUUAUGAACUGUAAAAUUAAAGUCAGUAUGAACUAUAAUAAAUAUCUGUAGCUUAAAAAGUAGGUUCACAUGUACAGGUAAGUAUAUUGUGUAUUUCUGUUCAUUUCUGUUCAUAGAGUUGUAUAAUAAAACAUGAUUGCUUAAAAACUUGUAUAGUUGUCUAGAUUUCUGCACAUAAAUGUACAUUUGAUGCUUUGAGUUGAAAAUGUUCUUCCCUGUUAUUUACAUUCUGGUGGGUUUUUAAAAUUCUUACCUCCAUCUUGCAAUUUUGAAAAUUGUGUCCAGAAUUAAAAGUGCACAGAAAUAGUCUUUACAAUUGUAGCAUGGACUUUUUAAAAUUAUUUUAAAAUCAUAUUUAAAUUUAAACCAGAAGCUGAUAAAUAGAUCAGCUUUAUUAUACACAGAAUUACUCCUGCUUACCUUUUUGCUCUUAUCCUUGUUAUCAAGCAAGGUUUCAUUGAGAAUAUACAAAGGGUUUACAGUGUUGGCACUUAAGAGUUUUUAAAAUAAAGUAUGUGAAAAUAAAUAAUAGCUUUGCCUUGAGCUAACUAAGAAGUACUGGGGGUAAAGUGAAAUCUCCAUCAAGUUUCUUUUGAACUUUGAAGUGUUUUCUGACCCACUGCUAAUUGUAGCAGCAAAAUUAAAAAGAAACAAUACUUUAUCUGACUAUUAUAGUGUAAACUGUCACUUAGGUUUGCUGCCUUCAGAAUACCGCAGUGUAAUUGCGGGAAUAUACUACUAUUGGACUGUUUCAUAGCACAAACUCAUCUUUACAGUGUUGAUCAAUGCAUCAGUUAAGAAAUAAUGCCACCUCAGGAAUUAACUGGCAUUGGGAACAUUUGCCUCAUUCUCCUCCCAUCCUCUUCAUCGACCCCUGCCAUUGUAAUAUCUGUAAGUACUUAAGAGACUUGUGGGCAAAACGAACUAUUUAUAACAGUGUAUUAUUGAUUUACGCUUACGUGGUUGUUCAGUUGGCUCCCAUGUAACAUUUGUUUUAAAUACUUUGCCAGAUUUCUUGUAUUUAUUCCACAUCAUUAUGCCUAAAACGUGCGGCUUUGUAAUUGGGCAUUUGCCGACUUUUCUUUCAUAAUCAGUGGUAUAUGCUAUGUAAAAUCACUAGUAAAGGUACAUUUUAAUACUUGUUAUUUUAUACUGAAUUAGCCUUGGAGGUUGACUGUGCAAUGUUAUUUAAUGUUGUAAUUACUGUAAUAUCAAACUAUGGGCCCCAUCUGCACACUCCUGAGAAACAAAAAGUAUAUUCAAAUUUUAUCAGUUUAAGGAAAAAUAAAGCUGUGAUAAAUACUGUAAUUCUAACCUACAUUAGAAAGCUCUAAGUGUAGGUGAUGUGCCAUUCCACGAUGGCUUCCGGACUAGGAUGAACUUCACAUUCUGUACUGUACUGUGAUGUAGCUUUCUUCUGUAACAGUUCUGUUCUAAAAUGAAGUGUAUUUUUGCCUUAGCAAAGGGUGGUGUUUGGGAAAAAAAAAAAACUGUGUAGCCCCUUUUUAACCUAGUGUUCAUUCAAAAAAAUUGAUGCAAAUCUUUAUUCACUUUCACUGGUGCACACUCAAAUUUUACUUGAACAGUUCUCAUAAUAAAGCACUUGUCUUUUGCUCUUUA